AUGACUGAAACCUUGAAAAUUGACCAUCUAACCUCCGUCUCCGAUGACGCCGAGCAAGUGACGGAUAACUGGUCUGGAUUGAGUGACCCGACCGAACGCCGUCGGCGACAGAACCGGAUAAACCAGAGGGCCUACCGAAAGCGGAAGCGACUGUCGUCAAGCAAAGAUAUCCACCCUAAGAGCCUAGUACCACCCCCUCGUUCAACCUCUACCGCCCAAUUGCAAAGCAGCUCUUCCCAUGACAAGCUGAAAGUCAACCUCUGUCGCAGCCCCGAAUUUCUACAAAAUUUUCUGGACAGAUUCGCCAAGUCAGCGUAUGAAAGUUACGCACAGGGGAACCCGACCGCCGAUCAUCUUAUGACAUUGACGAAAAUUAAUGUCUUUCGAGCGUUCGCUCAAAACUUGCGAUUAAUUGGUUGGUCAGAGUACUGGAUGGACAACGACGCUAUUUCACCGUUCAAUACAGCUUUACCACACAAGUCCUCUACCGCAGAUGAUAACAGCCUCAUUCCGGCCAACAUGCAGCCCACUCGAGUUCAGAAAUCGAUACCUCAUCACCCAUGGCUCGACUUCUUUCCUUUACCCAAGAUGCGCGACAAUCUCAUUGAAGCCGGAGAUGACUGGGAUGAUGAGCAGCUGUGUCAUGAUAUCAUGGGUUUUUGGGGGGAGUCAACGAUGGAUGCAGGGCUGCUAGUUUGGGGAGACCCUUGGAAUGUACAGAAUUGGGAAGUGACUGAGCCGUUCCUGAAGAAAUGGCAAUGGGUUGUUCGAGGAUGCCCUGAAUUGAUGAACGCAACAAAUAGUUGGCGUGCUCGUCGAGGAGAGAAGCUAAUAUUCCGCUACAUUUGA